GAAAACACCGUUUCCUCCGGCCAGAACAAAAACGAUAUUUCCGGUUUGUGAGAAAGGCGGAUCAAGCGGCCCUACAGCGGGAACAAAGGACGAUUGGGUUUACCAAUAUGUGAAUAGCCUGUUACCCGUCUGCAGCCACGAUGUCAAAACGGCCAUCCUAUGCCCCUCCACCCCCCCCUGCCCCAACAACACAAAUGCCUUCCACCCCUGGGUUUGUGGGCUACAACCCUUACAGCCAUCUGGCCUACAACAACCUCCGGCUGGGAGGGAGCUCCGGAGGCUCCAGCAGGAACUCCUCAGGCAUCACUGUCCCAAAGCCUCCCAAACCUCCAGACAAGCCACUGAUGCCUUACAUGCGGUACAGCCGGAAGGUAAGCAGGAAGGUAUGGGACCAAGUAAAGGCAUCCAACCCAGACCUGAAGCUGUGGGAGAUUGGAAAGAUAAUUGGAGGGAUGUGGCGGGACCUGACUGAUGAAGAGAAACAGGACUACCUGAAUGAGUAUGAAGCUGAGAAGAUUGAGUAUAAUGACUCUUUGAAGGCCUACCACAACUCCCCAGCCUACCUGGCCUAUAUCAAUGCCAAAAACCGGGCUGAGGCCGCAAUGGAAGAGGAGAGCAGGCAGAGGCAGAGCCGUAUGGACAAAGGCGAGCCUUACAUGAGCAUUCAGCCUGCUGAAGACCCUGAUGACUAUGAUGAUGGUUUUUCAGUGAAGCACACAGCAGCUGCUCGCUUUCAGAGGAACCACCGGCUCAUCAGCGACAUACUCAGUGAGAUUGUGGUGCCUGAUGUCCGCUCAGUGGUCACCACAGCACGCAUGCAGGUCCUCAAGAGGCAGGUCCAGUCUCUUAUGGUGCACCAGAGGAAGCUGGAGGCAGAACUUCUGCAGAUCGAGGAUCGCCACCAAGACAAGAAAAGACGCUUUCUGGAGACCACUGACUCAUUCAACACUGAGCUCAAGCGGCUGUGCAGUCAGAAGGUUGAGGUGGACAUGGAGAAGCUUGCAGCAGAAAUGGCAGCUGCUGAAGAGGCAGCCCGGCGCCGGGCAGAGGAGCGGGAGCGUGAAGCAGCUGAGCAGGCUGAGAAAGCUGCUCAGCAGGCUCAACAACAACAGCAGGAGGCAGCUGGAAACAAAAAUGCAGAGCAAAGCAGUUCUAAUGCUAAAAACACAACUAUCUCCACUUUAGGGACCAAGGAGGAGGACAUGCCUUCACCAAUGGUGGCAGAUAAAGCAGUGCCUGCAGGGCCCACCUCAGAUCCUCAUCCUGCUCCACUUCCUCUAUCUGAUCCUCCCUCUUCUGCCUCUGAUAAAGCAACUCCUCCCCCUGAGCCUUCCAGGGAGAGCAGCACUCCUAGCAGCAGCACCCCCAGUGAUGAUGGUGGCAGCAACAACAGCAUGCCUGCUCCACCCUCAGAAAACAAUGCUGGAGUAGCAGCUCCAGACCCCCCAGUGGCCCAGGAAGCCAACUCUAGUGCAGCUAACCCCAAUAUGUCCACAGCACCUCCACCUCCCCCUGCCUCAGAAGAACCAGCCCCUCCCCCAUUACCACUACACCCCCCUAGUCAGAGCAGCCAACAGUAUGAUAUGUAAUAUUGUAUUAGAUACACAGUGGUAGCUGUAGACAUCCUCACUGUGCUGCUGCUCCCUAUCUCUGGAUGGAGCAGCAGGUAUGGAAGAGGUGGUAUUUGUAUCAUGACUCUGUCAUGACAGAUGUUGAGAAUGGUUUAGGGCUUAGUAAGGUCAAUUCAUUCUAAACACAUAUUUCAUCCAAGAGUUAUCUAGUGUUAUCAUCAUCUAGCUUCAUGCAUCUAGACCAAACAAGGGGGAUUUAGAAUUUUAAUAUGAGUGAGAUAAGUAAAAUGAGUACAGCUGAGUUUGUGCUCCAGGUGCUGUCGUUCUUCUCUUUUAAUCAUGCGACAGGAUGGCUUUUCUUAGUCUAAAAAUAACCACAUCCAGACUUGCAGACUAAAAACGGGAUACUAGAGGGCUGUUUAACUUUAAAUGGCCAGCAAUAACCCCAUUGGCUGCUUGGAUGUCAUACGCAAAUAUCUCAUGAAUACACCUGAACAUCUCUGUUCCUACCAUCUGCUACUGCUUAUUGUCCAAAAUCCAUAUGUUACCUCAUGUAUUUCCUGAUUUAAACAACAGUGCCGAGAUAAUGGGCAAAAGUCCAAGGUCAAAACCAAUUCUGCAUAGGGCUGCAACUGACCUUUAAUUUGAUUAUUGAUUAAUCUGUAGAUUAUUUUUCUUGAUCUAUAAAAUGUGUAAACGUGGAAAUAUUCAAAUUUAAAUUUUCUAGAGUCCAAGGUGACAUCUUAGUUAUCCGCACACAGUUAAAUGUGCCAAAAGGCGGGUGAGUAUUACUACGAAGUCCAGCCUUUACAUAAUGUGAUGUUUUGAGCGGUUCAAGCCAUGGUUCUACAUCUCUCAUCUUUCUACAUCAAAUGUCAAGUAGCAAUGUGUAAAUUGUUUUAUAGUACUAACUUGUCUAUGACACAAAUUAAAGGCACCAGGAUGAAGUGACUUCAAGAGUUUCUUGUAAGCAGAAGGCAUGGCUGGUUUUCAUAUGCUCCCCUAACUCCCACUGUGUAGACUUAAUACUGUUGAAUGUGGCUGAAAUGUUGUAGUACACAUACCUGUAUAUUUCUCAGUCCCGUGAUGUAUAAACCUUGAAAUCAGCUGUAAAUUUUUUUCAGAAUUAAGACCACAGCUCCAAACUCAAGGGUUUUAUAAAAUAUUUCAUGUUAGAUGUGUGACUUUAUGGAAGCUCUGCAAAUUUUCUGGUAAUAAAGGGCAACAUCAUAUGAAAGGACCUCAAAUCCCCACCCCUCCAUUUUCCACUUUAUCAUUUUGUUUGAUUUGCAAAACAACUAGUUCUGCUUUGUGUUUUUGAAAUCUAGCUCCAAAUUCAGUCUUCAUUUGAAACCUGUACUCUUGAAUCAGAUGCCGUUUCUUACAAGUUUUUCUCUGGCUGGGGAUGACACAUUGUUGUGAAAGUGACAGUUAUAUGGUCAGGGCCAUUUUUUAAUUAAUUGUAUAUCCACCCUCUGCAUACUAUACUAAAUACCAACAAUCAUCCUGUAAGCUUUUGAACAAUUACUGAAGAUUUGGUCAAAGAGUUGAGGUUGAGGAAAACUCUUAAUUGAAAUUUAAAUAUAGGAUGAAAACAAUGAUGUCUCUAAGAAACAGAAAAAAUGAAUGGACUUGUCUCAGAGGUCUUUUUUUUUUUUUUUUUUUUAAAUCUGUGGAUAAUGAAAUGACUUGCAUUGAGUGUAAGAAGUUGACAUGGAUAUUUCCCCCCUGUAUUUAUGUAGAAAGACCAGACACAUACUCUUAUUCACAUUUAAUCUGUACAAGUUGAGAUUUUGUUCCUCCUUUAGAGUGCAUAUUCCCUGUUAACACCACAAGCGUUGAACAAGAGAUGCACAGAUUACCCUCACUCAAAUGUAACCUCAGCCACUUAUGCAUUUAAAGGACUAUUUUCUUACUUGAACUGUUUUUAGUAAUAUGCCUGUUUUUUUUGCAUCUUUUUUUGUACUGUCUAAACUUAUCUAUCCAAAUAAAGGUGAUUUCUCAGUCA